AUUUUAUUAACAUUAUAUAUUUUUUAUUAAUUUAUUAUUUUGACGUUACAAAAUAUUGCUUUAGUUUUUUUUUUAAUUAAUUUUUUAAUAAUUUAGUUUCUUUUUAAGUAAUUUUAAAAUUAUUAAGAAUAUAAUAUAUUUAAAAUUAUUUAUUUAAAUAUAUCCAAAUAUGAUGUCUCAUUUUUUUGUGUGUUUGCGUUGAGCAUAUUAAUUUGUAGUUUGUAUAUUAAAUAACACCUUGUUGCGUAUCGUCCUAUGGUUUUAAUAAAUGUGUUGUCAUUUCUUUUUUAUUACUACUAACAUGAAUUUUUAGUGAUCACUGAUAAUUUAUUUUUAACGUUAAGUAUUAUAUUUGAUCGUAUAUUUUCUAACUCUUCAUGCUUACACUUUUUUCGAAUCAUUUUAAUUAGAUAAUAGGUUUAAAGAUGUAAAUAAAACUGUGUAUGUUCUAAAUUUAGACUUUUUAGUGUAAAUGAGCACUAUCAAUUAUGGAAAUUAUAUUAUGAUUUUAUUUUACUAAAUAUUUUUUUAUGUGUACAUUUUUUGUUUUAUUUUGUGUUUUUAUAAUUUUAUUGCAUUAUUCUUUAAUUGGAGAGAAUUGGUACUUCCAAUUUUUGUUUCAUAUACCUUAAAAGUCUUCGGUUGAUUUUUGUUUGUUUUAUUUCUCCAAUUACAAUGUAUAGUGCGAUAAUUUUUUUUUUUUGGAUCAAACUACUAAUAAAAAAGUUUAAACUCCAAGAAUGGAAUGAGUAUUUGUGCUAGAGAAGACUGAUUUAGCCACUAAUAUAGUGAAUAUUAUAAUAUUAAAAGGUAUGAAAACUCUUCUCUGUUGUCUUAUGCUGGACAUAAUUAAGUUGUUGUCAAUUGAUUAUAUAUUUAUGAUAACUGAAAAUACAUCUUUAUUUCUUCCUUACAUCAUCUUUAAUUGGUUUACGGUUCGACCAUUUCUAAUAUACUGAGAGUAACAUAAUAUUAGAUGUAGAUUAUCUCCUUCUAAUUAGGAAUGCACAGAAUGAGAGAAAUUCAAAGUGAGACCACUUUAAAUCCUCAACGUCAAUCAUUUACGUCGGUCAUGCCUUAGACCAUCUCCAAUGUAGGGGAUGAUUGGUUGGGGCUGUAGAUGCUCUGGACAGCCAAUAUUUAGUCUACAGCUAUAUAUCUCAACCAAUCGAGCUUUGCUUUCCUUAAAAAAUUCACAGCAAAAAAAUCUCUGCAAAAUCAAAAUAUGGCUGUAGAGAGCUUUAUUUCCAGAGCAAAAAAUUAGUGCUUUAGAAAUCUACAGCAAGGAAAGCUACAGCAAAUAAAUCUACAGAUUAAAUUCUACAGCAAAAAAUAUAAAGCUACAUCACUUACCAAUCACCCCCGUAUUUCUCUAUUUUUUUUCUCUAAAAUAGAGGAAUUUUAUAAUAGAGAUGGAUUUAUCUGCGAUGUAUUUUUCUAUUUUCUCUCAUAAAAAAGAAUAUUCUCGAUAUAUUCUUUUCUAAGUUUACAAAUAAUAGUUUUUAUUUGUGAAAGUUGAAAACCAGCCCAAUUUAUUUUAGUAUUUUAUAAAAUUAUGAUAUUAUUUACACUAAAUAUUUCUUUACAAACUAUUAUGUCAAUAAAAAAUAUAAUUAUAUUUAUAUAAAUAAUAUAUUUCACUAAAAGAUAUUUUUGGUUAUAAUUGUUUAAGGAAAAAGUUAAAGGAUCAUUUUGUAAAAACAAAUAGAGGAGAUGACAUGGCAAAAGUAUAGUUUUUCAUUGGCCGAUUAUUUUUGCAUACGUGGACACUCUAUCGGAGGCUUAUAUCCUCCAGUUUUAAUUAAAAUCUGUAAUAUUUAAAAUAGUAAGAAUCCGAAAAGCUGAAAUCUCAACUUCGAUCAUUUACGUCGGCCAUGCCUUAGACCAUCUCCAAUGUAUUCCUAUAUUUUUUUCUCUAAAAUUGAAGAAUUUCAUAAUAGAUAAGGAUUUGUCUCUCGUGUAUUUUUCUAUUUUCUCUCGUGAAAAGAAUAUUGUUGAUAUAUUCUUUUUCUAAGUUUACAAAUAAUAUUUUUUAUUUGUGAAAGUUGAAAACCAACCCAAUUUAUUUUAGUAUUUUAUAAAAUUAUGAUAUUAUUUACACUAAAUAUUUCUUUACAAAACUAUUAUGUAAAUAAAAAUAUAAUUAUAAAUAUAUAAAUAAUAUAUUUUCACAAAAAAUAUAUUUUUGGUUAUAAUUAUUUAAGUAAAAAGUUAAAAGAUCAUUUUGUAAAAACAAAUAGAGGAUGUGACAUGGCAAAAAUAUAGUUUCUCAUUGGCCGAUUAUUUUCGCCUACGUGGACAUUCUAUCUAAGGCUUAUAUCCUCCUUUUAUUACUUGUUUGAUAUUUAAUACUUAAUUUUUAAUAUAUUAUGUAUUAUGUUUUUCAAUGUUAUGUUUUUUGCAUAAUUCAACCCCUGUUAUACUAUGAUUAGUUACUUCUUCACCUUUACUUCUCUGUUAUCAAUAAUACACCCCCAAACCACUGUAAGUAUGUGAGAUCUUUUUGACAAUCGACAAAUUUUAGUCAUUUUCUAACAGAAACAAAUUUAUUUGAACAUGUCCAAAAGUAAAUUAACGAUGUUGACAACUGGAAUUAUCGGGGUUUUAGUUAUGAUUUUUGGGAAAAAAAAGAGAGAAAGAAGUGAGAAAUUCGCAUGAUAAAAGAAAGUAUAUAACAAAUGCAAUACAUGUUGCCACUUCUCAUGAUAUCAGAAAAUGAAUUCAUGCACGUGGACCUUGUUAUUACGGUUUUCCAAAAUGGAAAUUUUUUAAGAAUCUGGCCCAACUGCAAAGUGACGGAGACAUCAGUUUUGCAAACGAAACCGGUUAACGGGCUGGGCUGCAUUUACGAUUUCUUGGUCUGGGUUGCCAGUGACGUGGCAGAAUGAAUGGCUGAGAAUAUUUUGCCUAUGUGGCAUCCUUUAUAACAUCCAAAAUUAGUCCCUAUUAUAUAGUGGGAUUUACCUACUACUAGUAUUCUGCAUUUAUUAAUCGGAUUCUACUUGUUUUCAAAGCAAAUUAGCCAGUCUGAUAAAGAAUAGCUGUAAUCGAUGGUGAUAAAAGAUUAAUCCUCAUAAGCAUAUUCACGCCACACACGAAAAAAAAUAAAAAGUGUAUUUCUCUAGUAUAUAUAUAUAUAUCAUUUAUAAACAUAUUUUAUACAUGUACAUGUAUAUACUUAUACAUUUGAUUAGUACAAAUACAAAUUAAAGAAUAUAUAUAUUUGUACGAGUAGAUACAAUAUUGAUUGGAAAAUUUUAGCCAAAAAGAAGAAGACAAGAAUUUGAUUGGGAAAUGAAAUCAACUGUUAAAGAAAAAGUAGACUAGACAGUGUUAAAGUUAAAUAAGGUGUGCGAAUGGAAAAUUGAUUCAUAACAUAUAAUACCACAAACAAUUCAAUAUGGAAUCUGUAAGAUUAUUUGCUCACAAGAAAUAACAUUUUCUAGAGGGAAAUUUAUUUUUAGAUGUAUAUAUAGAUUGAGAUUUAUAACAAGAAACUGUUAUAAUAAUUGCCGAUACAAUAAAGUAGUUAUCAUAUAUUUCUGUGACCAGCAUUGUAUAUUAAAUUGAAUACAAAUAAUGGUGGCACUAAUCCAUAGAAAGCAGAGUCUCUCACUCUCUCUCAUCUCUCUAUCUCAAAGAAUAAGAAAGAAAGAGAGAGAUAUAAACCCUAAACAUCGUGCCCUUGAAGCUAAGAUAUCUUCAGUUUUGUAGAAACUCAUUGUGCUUGCGUAUUUGCCUUCUCUCUUUCAUUGUCUUCUACCUCUUGCCCCUUACAGAAGCAAUACUUUCCGGCCUCCAAGGUUCGUUUUCUUUCCCCUUCCAUCAUAUAUCUUUCAUUGUUGUCAUCAUCAUCAUUUUCAUAUACAUAUAUAUACACGCACUCACUAGUACGUAUAUAUGUGUAGUUUUCACUUCAAGUAUCUCUCUAUUUUCACUUCUUUUCUUUGAUUACUCAAAAACAUGACUAAGUCUAUAUCAUCAGAACUUUCUCGUUCAAGAAGAGAGACUGUUCGGUUUUCAACAAACGUCAUGUUUCUUUUGGGAUAUUCAAGUUACUUUCGUGCAUACCUAUGUAAGAAUGAUUCGGCUUCUGUUAAUGGAAAAAGUUGCUUGUUCUUUAUGAAUAUGUGCAUGCAUGAUGGACUAGGGUUUUCUUGUUUCUUAGAUCUGAAAAAUGCACGCCUUGACAACUUCUUAGACUGGUUGGUGACAAACCCAUUCUUUCUUCAUCUAUUUUUGCUUACAUUUGAUGUAUUUUUUGUUACUGCAGGUUAUAUACAAUUGAUUAGGGAAAAGGACUAAAGGGAAGUAUUUGAUUUGCUUAAAGAAGAGAACCAGAUAAUGGAGAUAGGCUCGUCGUCCACGGUGGCCGGAGGAGGACAGCUCUCAGUGCCUCCUGGUUUCCGUUUUCAUCCAACCGAGGAGGAGCUUCUAUAUUAUUACCUCAAGAAGAAGGUUUCUUAUGAACCAACUGAUUUAGAUGUGAUUAGAGAAGUUGAUCUCAACAAGCUUGAACCUUGGGAACUUAAAGAGAAAUGCCGGAUCGGGUCCGGUCCUCAAAAUGAGUGGUAUUUCUUUAGCCACAAAGACAAAAAGUAUCCGACUGGGAUCCGAACCAACCGGGCUACUGCAGCCGGGUUUUGGAAGGCUACUGGUAGAGACAAAUCCAUACAUCUAAACAGCUCCAAGAAGAUUGGACUUCGUAAGACUCUUGUCUUCUACACUGGUCGUGUUCCUCAUGGCCACAAAACUGAAUGGAUCAUGCAUGAAUAUCGCCUAGAUGAUAACGAAAACGAAAUACAGGAAGAUGGAUGGGUUGUAUGCAGAGUGUUCAAGAAGAAGAAUCAUUUCAGAGGAUUUCACCAAGAACAAGAUCAAGAUCAUCAUCAUGAUCACCAAUACAUAAGCACCAACAAUGAUGAUCAUCAGCAGCAGCAUCACAAUGAGUCCAAUCCAAACAAUCAUUCUUCUUUGAUCUCACAUUCUCUGGAUCAUCAUCAGAAUCAUCAUCACAUGGGAAGACAGAUCCACAUGCCGUUACAUGAGUUUGCAAACACUUUAAGCCAUGGGUCAAUGCAUCUCCCUCAGCUCUUUAGCCCUGACUCGGCCCAACCGUUUGUGUCGUCAAUCAACACAACAGACAUUGAAUGCUCACAGAAUCUACUGAGGCUGACUUCUAACAACAACUAUGGUGGAGACUGGUCGUUUCUUGACAAGCUUCUUACUACAACCAACAUGAAUCACCAACAGCAACAGCAAGUGCAGAACCAUCAAGCAAAAUGUUUUGGUGAUUCGAGUAACAACGACCAGGCUGUUACUCAUGACAAUGGUGGUUCUUCUUCAUCUCCAAAUAAUCAAAGGUUCCCGUUUCACUAUCUGGGAAACAAUGCUAAUCUUCUCAAGUUCCCAAAGUAAACUAAUCAAGUUUGAUCAGUCUCAUGUUUUAAAUUUUACUCUCUUCUUUAAGCUGUGGAAGUACCUGCUGUUUUUGAAAUAUGUUUUUGUUUUUUCUAUAAUUAUGUCUUUCAUUAUUGAUCUCCUGUUCUGUCUCUCCGAGGAUUAGUACCGCGUCAUCAGACUCAUCACAAAAGUACAUGUUCAAUACUUUUUUGCACCAUCACAAAAAUAGUUUCCACUA